ACUAUUACACGUUCCACUUGCACGCGGUGAAGUGCUCAGACGAUCUUGACGGGCCGGUUUGUGGCACGGCCUAAACGACACAAGGUGGCCCCCCCUUUACUUCGACGCCAGCUCCGUUGCCGGGGGCGCAUCGGGUAGAACUCGUCUUUCUUUCAGCCUUUUUUUUUCAACUCGUAAACCCGUGGCAUGGAUGAUCACGGACGGCGGAGGAGGCCGAACGAACCGCCCGUCAACAACCCUUCCACAUCCAGAUACCCAGUUCACGAUCCCAAUGCACAGGGAAGGUCGUACGGCGCAAGCGGGUCCGAUAGGUUCCGGCCCACGCCCAUCAACACAUCACCAACAGCAGCUCGAGGUAUAGGGGGUACGGCUGCUUACAGUGGAUAUUAUCAGGAGCCGGCCGCAGCUUUCUCCACUGCCAUGCAGCAAAAUACAAUGCCAUACCAGUCUGAAUACGGGCAGGAUACUCGGCAGACACAGGCCUUUAGUACGUAUAAUAAUACACCCAUGAUGUACAACGUGCCGCAAGCGAGCGCGCAAAGUGCCGUCUACGAUACGAGUCAGCAAUUCCCGUCUCGGCAACCUGCAGCGCUGCAGAUGAUGCAAACGGAUGUAGCCACCCCCUAUUUCCCGAGCGAACCGACAAACGCGGCUGCAGCAUCUACUCUACAGUCACACGCGGGCUCCUCGAGUGCGUCGACAGUAUAUCAACAGAGCCCAGCUAUUCAACAGCGUACAAUGCUCCAGAAUUACUCGGGAGGGUUGGCGCCCAUGAGCAGCAUGGCACAAACAAGCACGCCGGAGCAACAGGCUAUGGAGGAACAAGACUACGCGCAAACUACGGAGAUGGGCGAAGCCUAUGAACAAUACCAGACAGCCUUGAGGGAGGUAUUUUCCAAUAUUCGAAAUGGUGUGUUGCAAGCCGCAAGCGACUCGCUUCUAAACAUUUCCGAGUGGUUAUUAUCGAAAGUCGUGGAACUGGGCCUCUCAGCGGACGAUGAGAAUCUCUACAGGGACCGCAUCAGAAUGUGGCAAGACUUCAACCACGCGUGGCUCUCCCUAUUUCAAAAGCAAAAGGAUAUGAUGGAAUCAGGCGUGCCCUUACAGCGAGGCCAAACCUUGAUCAGCGAGGACGGUCUGAGAAAAAUGGGAAAAGAAAUAGUCAGACUUUGCGAUGGAAUCGACCGACACGGUCUGGUUGACUAUGAAUAUGGUGUCUGGGAAGAACCUAUCAUUGCCAUUAUCGAGGCGUGUCUAGAUCUCUACGAGAACGAGGACGAGGCUGAGCCUGCCGCUUCCUCUGCGGCGAAUCCCCCCGGGGCAGGCCAUCGCGGUCAUCGUACUUCCCGCUAAGGGCUAACAAGCAAGGCCGUUUACCAAACAGAAUGCGUCAUACCAUUCAGUGUCGAUGUAUUGUGAUUUGAGACGUGGGAUCCUCUCACGGCUUUCAACAGAUGAUGAUUAUUCACCUAUAACUUUAUGGUUGUGAUCUCCACAGCCCUUCGUGGAUAUUGCGAGAAGAUCAUCAGGCCACGGUUCGAUUUAAUAUGGAUGGUAAACAACAAGGGGGUCCUGGAGUUAGGAGGUUCACGAGGCAGCAUUCGGAGGUGUAUAUUUGGGCUGUGUUUACUUGAGGCAGCCAAUUUGCGUGGUUAUGGGAUCACUUUUCCGUUGCAGUUUGGCCGUAUCUAUCCAGUCAAGCUCCAGCUAAAGUC